UUUUCGCACUCUCCAAACAGCAUCUCGUUUGGAUUUUUCCGCCGUAAACAUUCGUUAGGCGCGAGGACGGAGCACCGGACGUCUCUACAUAACCAUGUCUUCUGAGGGGACAGUGCCCCCUUCUGUGUUGCCCUUGACACAGCGCCUGACUUCAUGGUUCGACAUUGAAAGUGCAGCAGUGGUGACGAUCUUAUUUGGCCUGUUUCAAGUGAUGCUGUCUGUCCCUCUGGCUUAUGCUGCUCCAAUUGACAUGCCCAAGUUUUUUGUCUUACCACUCUUCAUUGGAAUACUGAUUAUAACUGGAGGGUCUUUAGCGAUGGCCAAUGAACGCAACCCUAACAGAUAUUUGCUCCAGGGAUGUGCAUGCAGUAACAUCAUCAGCCUGUUAGGGGCAGUAAUAGCUUUCUGUCUUUACUGUGUCAGCAUUAGUAAUAUACCAAAAGAGAAAGAUGACUGCUGGACAGUGAGACAUGAAGUGUGCUCAUUGAACUUCCUCAUGAGAUUUUGCAUGUCCAUACUGAUUUUACUGGUUUUCUACGACACUGGAGCCAUCAUUAUGAACUGUAUCCUGUCUGCACUGUCGCUCAGAGAACUCAAAAAGGGAUAAACGUUUACAUAUAUAAACACUUGCAUGUUUUAAUUUGUUUCACUGUAUUUUUUGGGAAAUCCAGAUGGAGGACAGGGCCUAUAUGGCUCUUUAGGAAAGGCACUAUAUAUAUUUUUUUACCAAAAUUUCAAAACACAAAUUUGUCAAUAUUUCUUAAGGAUUAGGUACAUAAACUUGCCUUAUGGUGUACUCUUCUUUCUCCUUAGGCUUUGUAUUUCUCUCCAAUUUUGAUGCUAUAAGAAACAAAUUUAAACUUUUUUUUUUUUCUGACACAGACGACAUUGAACACGCACAGUUAAAAUACAGAGGUAUUAACCAUAGACCAGGUCAAAACAUCUAAAUGUGGUAUAAAUGUGAGGAACACGCCAAAGUUCUUCUUCUUGCUUAUUUUCUGAACACAAGGGCUUCUGUAGGCUGUAAUCCACGCCAAAAACAAGUACAAAACAACAGUAAUUCAGCAAUUAAUUUCAGGAAUUCAAUUCAGCAGAGCCAGCCCCCUAACUGACCAGUAAGGGACAAUACAACCUUCACAUCAACUUGUCCGCAUAGCAACCAAGUGUCACAUACAAAAGCAGGCGUCAUCCCUGAACUAGAAUAUAACACAAAAUAUCAGAUCAUUACACUAUUGUCAUUUGUCAAUAGAGAAAACCAUGCUUGAAAAUGACCAUAAUACAAAAGAAAAUGCACUGUGUUCCAUCCACAGAAGUCCCUAGAUAGAUUAUAUAUAUCUAUACAUAGAUUCUAUAAUUUAUAUAAUUUUAUAAUUUUGUAAUAUUUAGAUUACAUACUGGCCCAUGUGAGUCAAGAAUGGACAAUGCUAUGUGCUUUUGUCCCAGUUUUUACUUUUGAAAAUCUGGUCACCCUAACCCAUCCUCCAUUCUUGGAUCUAUUUUGUGGGAAGUAUACUUCCAUGGAAACUAACCUAUACAACUGUUGAUGCAUAUGGUACACUGUGUUUGUUGUCAUCACAUGUUUUUCGGUAUUUGAAUGUAUUUUUUUAUGCAUCACAUCAGUUAUUUAAUCUAAAUAAUACCUGUGCUAUGUUGUUCAGAUGUUGCCAUAAUAUAGGCUGUUUUGCGUUUAUCUUCUUAAGUGUUUGACAAAUGCCUUUCACCAUACAUGACUUGCAAAUGUUUUUGUG